AUGGAAAUUAAAGAAGUAGAUGACAGGGCUGAACUACUGAAAUAUACCAACAAUAUUCCCUUACUCGGCAAACUAGUUAACCACCAGCCAUUGUGGAGUACCAAUCCUAAGCUGAAGUCCUUUUCUUUGGAAAAACUUUCAGCUCCGGACCAAAGACGUAUACAAGAGGCACUAGUUGUGAAAGACCUUUUGAAUGUAUUAAUUGGACUUGAGGGAACGUACAUCAGAUAUUUCAAUGAGUACGAACCCAGUGAUGCGGAAACAUUAAUCGAAUUCAAGAUUGCGAAGAAAAUGGACCCUUCUUUCAAAACAUUCAGUAGAAGAAUAGUUAGGUACGGUAAGCAAUACAUGAUAUUAACGAAGGCGUAUGAAACUUGGUCCGACACGACUUUUGGAAUGGUCUUGCAAAGAUUCGGUUAUGAAAUAAGAAAAUUUUUAGAAGAUGUUUACCUGAAAAUUUUGGUAGAAAGGCUCGAAAGGGAUUUCAAUAAGGUACCUAAUUUUUCCAUUAGAGAACUGGAGCAGAUUAUCAACGAAACCGAGGUAACCAAACAGAUGGAAUUGCUUUACAAUAUCUACGAGGAAGUUUGUAAGGAGAUAGAGGAAAGAAGAACAAACCACUCUUCACAAGAUGACUUCAAUAAUUUCAUGGACAAUAUGAAAAAUGAAAGUAGUUUACAUUUGAGGUUGAUGGUGGCGUUCGAUACAACGAUCUAUCCAGUACCUAAAGGUGGCGUUAUUAUAAAAAUUUUUCAGCGAAAGAUACUCGAAAACAUGGGUGAUAGAUCAAACGUGAUAUUUCUGAAGAAGCUACUAAAUAACAUAAGCCAGGACUAUUGUACGAUGUUAUAUGAGUGGUUAACACAGGGCUCAUUAAACGACCCUUAUCAAGAAUUUAUGAUUUAUGAUGAUUUAGAAGGAAAAACAGAAAAUAUAUUUGACGCAAGAGACAGAGCUUGGGAUACACAAUACUUCAUCAGAAAAGACGUCUUAUUGCGGGAUUGCGACUCACAAGAAGAUAAGAACCUACUAUUCAAAAUCCUAAGAACCGGUAUUCUACUCAAAGUAGUACGAGCUAGCUUACAGAUAUCUACUAUACCUUCCAACAACGGUGAUGCACCCAUUCAAGAGAUCCAAGAUUUUGCUGAGUUGAUGGAAGGUACCAAUUUCGAACUUUAUGUUGAGAAAUGUUACAAUAGAGCUAACAAAAUUUUCUUGAAGCUGUUUUUUCAGGGCUAUGACCUAGUCAAUGUCUCAAAACAGUUACAAAAAAUCUUUUUUGGUUAUCAGUAUGGCCAUAAUGUUUUAAAGUUUUUGAAUAAGAAUAUGGGCGAAUUGACCAAGCAUUAUAAAAAUAUCAACAGUGCAAGUCACGAUAAGCUGAUGCAGAAUUUCGAGUUAGAUAGACAAUCGGAACAUCCAAACAAUCUGAUGAGGCAACUCUUGACCAUACAGCUUGAUAGGGAAGCACUUCCGCAAGUUUUAUCACAUUAUCUUCAGAUUUAUCCAGAGUUACCUGAAAACUACUCCAUGAACGAUGACAGUGACCCAUUGAUGCAAGCGAAUAAUUUCAAAAAUAUGAAUGCUAUUCUAUUUGACGAACUAAGUAAAAGAGGAACCGAUGCCAGUCAUGAACCCAACCCGGAACUAGAUAUGUCCAGAAGUGUAAUCUAUCACUUGAAAUUUGACGUUAACAUACCGUAUCCACUGAAUAUCAUAAUCAGCAGGACAUGCAUGAUAAAAUACCAGAUCAUAUCCCGCUACCAACUUGUCUUGCAAUAUCAUUCAAGAUUGUUAGACGACACUUGGAUGGAUCUGAAUAAAAACUAUAUUUGGAAGUACAGGGGUUAUUCAAGUACUGUGAAAAAGGGGAUUAUAAGAACCACAAGAGUACUACAUGGCAAGAUGAACCAUUUCAUCAAAGCCAUCAUGGAGUACUUCAACCAGGACGUAAUUGACAAAGAAGUGCAGACACUGGGAAAAUCCUAUAAUAGUCCCAUCCUUGCCGUCGAUAUUCAGAAUGAUCUAGAGGGGGGACUGACAAACAUAAUGACAAAUCGUUGCUUAUCUGACUUGAUUCCCCUACAAUUGCAAAUAUUUGACAUUGUGUACAAGUUCUGUAAGUUCAUCAAAUCCAUAAGAACAAAAUUAUGUCAACUAGAUCCCGUACUCUAUGAAAAGCAUAGAAUCGUAUCGAUAAAAUCACCAAACGAAGAAUAUCGUACAUAUAAUGACGACCAAGAAGAUGCCGGCUACCAGGAAGAUACUGCCUUGGAGCUCAUGCAGAGACUGAUGGACUAUAUCAGCAAUGCUUCCAGAAAUUUCGACCAGUGUCUCGCGAGGUUUGCCCAAGAGUUGAAUACCCAAAAAUUCGACUUUUACGACAGUUCGAGUGCCGAUGCUGCAGGUAUAGAACGAAUUCUCUUCUCUAUAACGCCAUCUCAUUUAGCACCAGCUUCAUCUCAAAAGUGA